AUGCCGACCUCGGAUGAAUCUGGCAAUGGAACCUCGACAGAAGACGAUGACAACAACAACAAUAAUGAUGCCUUCAGCCAGAGGUCGCAGCCUGUAUUGGCUAUAUCGAAAGCAAAGGCUAUUGCUCUGGUUGCCACCGUCACCGGCGCCAGUUUUCUCAAUACCCUCUCCAUCCAGGCCGUCGUGAUCAUUCUCCCCACGAUUGGACGAGAUCUCUCGAUCCCCGACUCCCGCCAGCAGUGGAUCGUCUCCGCCUACUCCCUCACCUUUGGCUGCUUCCUCCUCCUCUGGGGCCGCAUCGCCGACGUCUACGGCAAGCGCACCAUCUUCGUCCUCGGUUCUGCCUGGGUCGCCAUCACCACGGCCGUCAACCCUGUCAUCCCCAACGAGAUCGCCUUUGACCUCUUCCGCGGCCUCCAGGGCCUUGGGGCUGCCGCCAACGUCCCCACGGCCAUUGGCAUUCUUGGCACGACAUUCCCGCCUGGCAGGGCCAAGAACUAUGCCUUUUCGACGUAUGCUGCCGGUGCGCCCAUGGGGUCCAUCUGUGGGAACCUGCUGGGCGGCCUGAUUGCCUCGUAUGCGCACUGGACGUGGGUGUUUUGGGCGCUGGCCAUCCUCGCAGUGGCCGUGACGGUCGCUGGCUAUUUUGUUAUCCCGCCGCCCGUCGUCACGCCCCACGCGCAGGGUGUCACGGCCAAGGCCACCAUCGACUGGGUCGGUGCCAUUCUCAUCACGGCAGGGCUGAUGAUUCUGUUGUUUGCGCUCACUGAGGGGAAUGUCGUGGGCUGGUCGACGCCCUGGGUGCCCGUGCUGAUUGUGGUGUCUCUUAUCCUCGUCGUCAUUUUUGUCCUGUGGCAGCGACAUCUCGAGAACAAGGGCACCCAGACGCCGCUCAUGAAGGUGUCCAUCUUCAAGAAUCGCCGCUUCAGCGCCGCCAUGGUCAUCAUGGGCCUGUUCUUUGCCUGCUUUAACGGCUAUCUCAUCUUCGCCACAUAUUAUUUCCAAGACUACCAAGGCCUUAGCCCCAUCCAGACCACCCUGCGCUUCAUCCCCACCGGCGUGGUCGGCGUGCUCACAGCCGCCAUAACAGGCAAGCUCAUCGCCGUCCUCCCGACACAGGGGCUGCUCCUGUUCGGCAACCUCUGCUGCUCCAUCUCGUGCCUCCUCUUCGCCGUGCCCAUCCCCGCCGCCACUACUACGUACUUUGCCUACGGCCUCCCCGCCAUGGUUCUCUCUGUCCUCGGGGCAGACACCGCCUGGCCGUGUCUGACCCUCUUCACCUCGCACUCUCUGCCCCAAGCCGACCAGGCCAUGGGUGGCGCCCUUGUCAACGCCGUCGGCCAGUUUGGUCGUGCCAUUGGCCUUGCUGUUGCCACUGCUGUGCAGACUGCUGUUAUGGCCCACGACAGGCACACCUCGGUGGCCCACUCGGGCUCCCUCGAGACGUGGGACCGGCCUACUCUCAAGGGCCUGCAGGCUGCGCAGUACUUGAACUUUGCGUUUGGGGCGACUAGUUUGUGUGUUGUUGCUGUGGCGUUUAGGGGGACAGGCGUUAUUGGGAGGGCUGGGCUAUUGACGACGAUAUACCCUGAGGUGUCGGUGGACCGCUGGUAG